CCUCGAUUAGAGAUAGGAAUCAAACGUAGAGGCAAUCAGAUUUUCGUGUACAAACAGAAAGAAGUCUAAUAUGAGACAAAUAUUCUCUCUCGAAUGGUUUGUCAUUUUCAUAUGGGCUUUUGGUCAAGAAAACUACAUUAAUGCUCAAGGAUGUGGAGGCCGCUACACGGGAUCUUCAGGAUCUUUCACUUCUCCCAACUAUCCACACAAUUAUAACAACUCGCUGUCGUGUACCUACACCAUCGACCCCGGCUCCACCACUGUCACUCUCAUAUUUCAGUAUUUUGAGACAGAAAUAAAAUAUGAUUUUGUAAAGGUGUAUGACUCGUUGAACACUUCAAUGGAAUAUCUGUCUGGGAAUUACGCAUGGCAUAUCCUCCAGCCAGCCUCUUUCUACCGGGUGCACUUUACCACUGAUAGUUCUGUCACCAGUAGUGGAUUCAAAGCUGUCUGGACAGAUGCUGCAAAUGCCCUUGGUAUACUCGGGGGGAACGCUGUUUUAUCCUGGGAUUUACACCAAACUGGCAUAAAAGAGUUUACCGUGCGCAACAUUCAAUUGGGGACGCUAGUCUAUCACGUUACCAAUUACAACCAAGUUGAUGUUGUUGAUAGAAACUUCAAAUCUCGAGUUUCUUUCACGGGAAACAUAACAUCAUCUGGAACUGGCGUGUUCAAGUUUACUCUUUAUGAUGUUAACUUCGAGGAUGAAGGGCAGUAUGUGUGCUUCAAAGGAUCGCAAACGGCGAAAGGCCCAAGAAUUAUUGAUUGUGGACAAAGGCUACACGUAUUUGAAACAGAUGUGGUCGCUCGUGAAGGGGAAAAUGCGACUUUGUCUUGGAGGCUUUCUCAGCCUGGAACUGUUGAGUUUACAGUGAUGAAGACUGGUUCCAGGCAACACGUACUUCAUGUGACUGACUAUAAUCAAGUCACCGUCAGUGAUGCCUACAAGUCCCGCGCCAAGUACACAGGGAAUGUUACAGCCACAGGAUCUGGAGUUUUCGCCUUCGUAGAGUAUAAUGUAGUCAGUUCCGGCUAUUACAGAUGCUUCACAGGUUCACCAGAUUCUAAUGGGACUCAGAUGUCAGAGUGCGGCCAAAGACUUAUCAUCUUACGGCAUCUUCAGGAUCCGUACAUCUUCGCCCCCCACACAGUCACCUACGGCCGUUCGAUAAAUCUGACAUGCUAUACAGAUGCUUAUACUUCCAGUUUUUCAAAUGUGGCUAUUCUAACCACGCAUAUCAUGUGGAAAAAGAAUGGAAUUCUGUUGAAUAACCGGGGAAGAUAUCGCAUAAGCAGGAUGGACUGGAUAUAUCUCAAUAACACUCUGACAAUACGUGAUGUAAGGCGAGAGGAUGAUGAAGACAUCUACACAUGUCAGGCUAUGGUGGGACGAACGGUCUCAAACUGGAGUGAUGGGUUUGUUUUUGGCCAAAACUAUUCCCCAGUGGAGCUUGGGAACCAGACUAACGUCUAUGAAGGUGGGGACGCCACCUUAACAUGGGAGCUGCCACAUAAUAGUAACAACAUAUUCAUUCGGAAUCACGGGACAUUUGACAACCUGCUACACACUGUCUUUAGCAAGGUGUUUGUUACAGAAACCUACUGGCAAAGAAUAAAAGUUAAUCUGUACAUAUCAUCGCCCGAGAAUGACUAUCUGAGUAUCACGCUUGUCAACGUCACAUCAGCAGAUGCAGGAAUUAUUUCAUGUCAAAAACAUGUAUAUAUUCCUAUUUCUGUGCCUGGAUGUCGAAAUUUGCUGACUGUUUAUCGAUUCCAAAGGUCCUACAUUACGGUCGAGGCCAUUGCAAGGCACCGCCUAAAAUGUUACACCUAUUUCCAACAAUGGCCGCGUAAUCCCAACCUGACUCCCUCCGUCAAUUGGAGGAGGAAUGGGGAGCAGGUGGUGAUCGGAGGAAGGUAUGAAGUAACGCCACCGAUAAGAGACAACGAAUCAUUCUGGAGCAGCCAGUUGACGAUAUCAACUAUAGGGACGGAGGAUAGAAAUGACAGCUAUUCAUGCCAUCUGGAAGAUGAAAACGGAUUGGCUACACCAUGGAGUGUUGAUUUUGAAUUCCUAACUUAUGGACUAAGUCUACAAUUUCCUAGCUACACAGUGGCGUACGGAGCCGGUGAAGUCCUCCUACAGUGGUUACAGCCUCGUCUUGAAAAAAACAUAUUUCUGCAGAAAUCUCACACAGGAGAAACUAUUUUGACUUUUGAUUUUGAGAGAGUCAAAAUAGCCUCCCCAUACAUAUCAAGAUAUCUGUUUGGUGGAAUGGUUACACAGUCAACAUCUAAUGUUGUUUUUCUAGUUCUCCAAAACGUGACGGCCGCUGACGCGGGGAACAUAAACUGUUAUGUGUAUGAUUCGUCCACCCAGUUACAAAUUCCACAGUGUGGAACCCUUCUUGUGGUAUCAGAACAACCAUCAAAACCAACUGUAUCAAGCUAUGGUCCUGCAGUGGCUGGACACCCAGUAACUCUGACAUGCAACUCCACUUCCCGAAGUCUGCCCGUGGGUCACCCUCUCUCCAUGAACUACACCUGGAGGGGCAACGGUUUCCAACUUGAGAGCGGAGGUAGACAUCAGAUAUCAGGAUCAUCUCUCACAAUCACAAACAUCCUGGCAGAUGACAAUGUGGGAUACUCGUGUCAAGCCGUGGAGGAAGAUGUAAUGUCUCAGUGGAGUGACGACUAUGUUUUUAAUAUUCUAGCCACAGCGGAUGCAAAUCUACUGAUGUUUGCUGUCGUGGGUGCCUGCUCAACCUUUGUGGUAAUUGCUGUCAUUGGAACUGUCGUCUUCUGCCAAGCAUACAAGAAACUAAAACGUACACUGGAUGAAAGGAGUGUCACGCACCCCUGUGUCGAAAUGCAGCCAGCUGAUGGUUCGCGAGUGAACAUGUACGACGCAUUCGAAACACCAAGAGCCGAACCGAACGAAUACAAGUUUGAGGACAAUGAAGCUUUCUAUGAGAAUAUCUAGUGCAUCAAAAGGGCAAAACAUGGUUUAGGACCAAUAGAUGCAUUUUUGGUGAACAUAGUCUUUGUUAUCAGGAAAGCUGAAACAGCUUUCGGAAUAUUACUAACAAAAUAUAUCCCUCAAUUGUUGGUUAUGUAAAAUUAUUUUUCGUGUCGAUAUUGCAGUGUUUGUGGACACAGGAAAAAGUGAUCCUUUGUUUGAACACCUUUAACCAGCAUGUAUACACAGCUUGACUUGUCAUAAAAGGGAAAUAUGUUUUAUAAUGCUUUGGCAAUUCAUCAUGAAAAAUAUAACAUUUUUAUAUUAACGUGCACAGUAUAGAGCUUUUUACGCAAAUAUAGUCCAUAUUAUGUGUAAACAUUGUGUUCAUAUAUAUCUUAAUAUUCUAUGAAGGUUUAUGGUAGAGCACAUACGCUCGAUAUAAAGUCCCAUCAGAGUUUAUAUCGUAUAGGUACUCAAGUUUAAAACAUAAAAGUCAAGUGAGCUUACGUUGUGGCGCAUUGUCCGUCGUCCGACGACAACUGUUACAUGUGGACAUCUCUGAGAGGUCAACGAAGAUGAAACUUUGCAUGGAUGACCACAGCUGACUUAAAGAGUUUCCACCCGGUGUAAUUUUUGGUUUUUACUUAUAACUCUCUGUAUGUAUAAUUAUCACAGUUGCAAUGCAGUAAGUAUGUGCUUUACCGAAAAACAUGUAUUGGUUUGUGUUUGCAUAUUUGAUUUUAUACUUAGCUUUGGCCUUUGAUUAUAACAUAACGCCAUUUUAUUUGUUUUACAAUAUUUUUACAUCUCCUCUGAACUUCUCGGUUAAUGAAUCUACUAUUUGUGUAUGUCAUCUCAACGCAUAUUUAUCUACCCUUGUUGGAAACUGCUGAUUUUAUAUGAUACUAAAGAAAUAAGGUUUCCCCUACCCCUAUGUUAAUGUACUAAAGUAUAGAUUUGCUUGAAGUAUUAUAGUUAAAUUGCUUUGAAGAAAUAAUUGUUCAGGGCAAAAUUAUACUUUAUUACACUACACAUGAGGGUAGAGCAAAUUGUAUUACUUUUCGAAGAUGACAAGUUUAUGACUAAGUUUGUGUUUAGUAAGAGAUGGGUUUAAAAUCAAAUCUGUAAAAAGCGGUGUAGUAAGUUGAAAAUACUUGCAGAGGGCUAACAUUUCUACCAUUAAUGUGACACACGGGACCAACUGCAAACCAUGAAAUACUGCCGAGUUGUUAGCACUACAUGAUACCAUGACCAACGUGCGUGGGCGGCCUGGGGCGUCACAUGUCGUCGCCAUGCGACAGACGGGGGAAGGGCAACAGUGGUCGGUUUGUUUGACCGCAGUAUGUUGCUAAAUGCCUUACAUUGAGGUUAUACAACUCUACAAGACUUGCGCAGUCCUGUGUCCAGAGACAGCAGUAAUAUGCCGCGUUGUUAUUCUGUGGCACGGACAUAGUGGUUAUAAUAUGUUUGUGAUAUAUCCUCGGCGUUAGGUUUGGUGAUCAUCAUCUUGGCAUAUGUCCUCCUAGGUUAUGUAAUUGUCAAUUAUUUAAAGAAUUAUUUUCCCUGAUCUAUGAUAAUGAAAACGUGAAUGAGGCAUCUUGGUGGAUAGUAAUAAAAGAAGAACGAUGUUAGCAAGGAUACAUCAGAUCUCGGCGAUCUGAUUUGAACAGCGUCAUGACGUCAGCCCAUUAUAACGUAUCUCAAAACGUGUAGCAUAAACUACAGUCGGCGGCUUUGUAAGUUUAGAGACUCAUGUAAGAAUAAGAUAUCCAAGUUAACUACAGAGCUCUGUAUCACUGUUUACUUUCAUUUUAUUUCACUUUCUCUUUUUCAUGUUUCGCUUACCUGCUUUUAUGAAUACUACAUUGUCACUGCGCUGAUUUUCUUCAUGUAUGUAUGUGUUGUAGCAUAAGUGAAUCCGUCUUGCGGUCAAUGUUGCGAUCUCGGAUAACACAGAUUUUCAUUCUUUUGUUUAUGUACAGAAAAUAAACAAAAUAAAAUUUCACCACCACA